AAUCACCGACUCCAUCUCAUCGUGAUUUUCUUCCUCUUCAUUUCAUCUUCAACUUAAAUAUUAUCAUUUUUGAAUGAAAACAUUAUUAUUAUUGAAAUAUUAAUUAUUUAUCUAAAACUCUAAUAAACAAAAUAUACAAGUUAUUAAUGCACUCUAUUGUUUGCAAAGAAGCUUUUCAUAUUAUUUCCCUUUUUCACUUAAUGCACAAAUACAAAUGUAGAUUUUCCUUUUAUCUAGAAGAUUUUUUUUAAUUUAACAUACAAAUUAUGAACUGUUUGACCAUGUUUAUCAUAAAUUUGGUUAUAUAUAUAUAUUUAGUUUUAAUAUAUUCUUCAUUAUUUACAUCUUAUUAGUUUUAAACCAUACAAAAAACAUAUAUUAAUUGCAUAUUUUAAAACUUACUUUAUAUUUUAAAACGAUUAAAGUCACAAUGACCAAUUAUUUUUCAGCACCACCAAAAACUCGAAAAACCCUAUGCAACCGAAAUUUUAUUUCCAUAUGUUAUUAAAUUUUAUUUGUUUAUAAUUUUUUUUACAAAAAAACCAAAAAACAAAUUGUGAUAAAGAAAGAAAGUUUUGAUAGAAUGACCAAAAUUUUUCAUUUGAUAGUUAAAAUGAUCCUUAUACCCUAGAUAUAUAAAAUUUAAUUAAAAAUAUUAAAAACAUCAAAAAUAAAAAAAUAAUUAAGUAAUAGUCUUAGAUUAUACGUUUUCAAAAUACAAUUUUUUUUUAAAUAAUUUUUUUAGUUGAUUUUUUAAUUGCAAAUUUUCUCUAUUUUUGUUUUCGAUUUAUCUUUUUGUAAUUCUAGCCGAAGUUCACAACAAGUAGAGCAACAACCUCGGACCGCAACCAAUUAUCGCUAAGAUCAUUAGGAUGUGGCCCAUCACAAAUCACAUAAAUAAAAAUGCUUUCCUAGAAACAACUUUCGUUUAUCUUGACAUCUAGGUUUGUCUAAAAAAUACUUACUAUUAAUUAUUCCAACAACAUUUCAAAUAAUUGCUUUUAACCACUCAACAGGAACAAAAAAUGGAAGGGCAUGUGCCUAUUUCUACGUCUGACACAAUGUACCAACGGUUCGAGGAAGGGAAAAUUUAUCACAUUAGAUAUUUUAAUCUUCUUCCCAAUAACCGACAGUACAUGCUUACACUUCAACCAUACAUAAUCAAUAUCAAUGAGACAACAAUUAUAACACUGAUUCAAGAAAACAUUCCACCGAUUCAAUUCCUUCAUACAAAAAAAACCAUACCUAUCACACAUACAAAUAAAUUCUCUAUUUUUGUCGCGAAAAACAAAUUAUUCCCACAGAUGUUGUUGGCCGCAUAUACCUCAUCCAAGGAAGUGAUUUAUAUAACCAUAACACAGAUACAGAAAUCAUCAUUGGAUUGCGUUAAGCAAUAAAUAUAUAAUACAAUAUUUUUUGUAGAUCCAAAUUGGUCCGUUUAACUAUAUGGGACAAUGAGGCGGCUAAUUUCAGGGAGUUAAAUCGCAUAUCUACCAGGAAAAACCAAAUCGUAAUCAUCACAAGUAUCAUCCCAAGGGUAUAUGAAGGUAAUCAACUAAACAUAAAGUUUAUGUCUAACUAAAUGCUUACAAAUAUUUCACUUUUCAGGGAAACUAUCACUCACAACCACACCAGGAUCGCGCUUUUACUUUGACAACGACAUAGAUAUCAUACAACGCUUUCAAAAGAGGAAUAAACUGCUAUCCUAAGCCUGAUGGCAUACCUCCACAUGGGAUCAAACCACAAGACGGAAACCGACACCAGUCAACUGUUUUAAAAUUUACACUUCAAUGCAAACAACCAUAUAUUUUUUCAAACUUGCUAUUGUUUAGAAAACAUAAACUGAUCAUCGCAUCACAUUCAAACAAAAACUAUAUGGUUAAUUCUACAACGAACAAAACUUAAUUUCUAAUAUCUGAUAUUUAAAACUACAAAAAUAAAAAAAUUUACUUUAUAAAACAUAUUAUCCGCGCGAAGCGCGGACCCCGACUCUAGUCUGAGAUAAUGUUUGCCUAGGUUACCCCAGUUCCUUCCUAUGGGCCUAACUUUUGUUGAAGUUAAUUACUUUUGAUUAAAUCAAUCAAACAGUAGAGGGUUUUCUACGAACCGAACUGAACCGAACCGAACCACUAAAGAAAAGAAAAGUAGAAAACUGAAAACGAAAAAAGGACGAGCUUCUCCUCAACGGCGCGUAACUCUCACGCGUAGUCGAGCGAUCUCUCGCUGAGAAAGGCGUAAAGACAGAGAGAUGUGGGUAUUCUACUUGAUCUCGUUGCCUCUAACCCUAGGAUUAGUUGUAUUCACGCUCCGUUACUUCGCCGGACCUGAGAUUCCUCGGUACGUUCUAAUCACCGUCGGAUACACCUGGUUCUGCUCCGUCUCCGUCAUCAUCCUCGCUCCGGCCGAUAUCUGGACGGUAACACUGUCUCUGCCACCUAAUCAUCCUGAGAAUGGUGCCAUUUCCUUCUUGUGGAGUUGGUCAUACUGGAGUACCUUCCUUCUCACCUGGGCUGUGGUGCCCCUUAUUCAGGGUUUCGAAGAUGCUGGGGACUUUACCGUCUCAGAGAGACUGAAGACUAGCGUGCAUGUCAACUUAGUUUUCUAUCUUGUUCUCGGAUUCGUUGGUCUUCUCGGUCUUAUCCUUCUCAUCAUGAUGCACAGGAACUGGAAAGGGAGCAUUCUUGGUUAUGCUAUGGCAUGCUCAAAUACCUUUGGGCUGGUCACUGGUGCAUUUCUUCUUGGCUUUGGCUUGAGCGAAAUCCCUAAGUCGCUGUGGAGGAAUGCAGACUGGACCACCCGCCAAAAAGUUCUCUCUCACAAAAUUGCUGUGAAACUUGAUAAUGCCCAUCAAGAACUUUCAAACGCGAUUGUAGUUGCUCAAGCGACUUCUACUCAGAUGUCCAAGCGUGAUCCUAUGAGACCAUACAUGAAUGUGAUCGAUGCUAUGCUGGCUAAGAUGUUUAGGGAAGACCCAUCAUUUAAGCCUCAAGGUGGUCAACUGGGUGAAAACGAUAUGGACUAUGAUACAGAUGAGAAAUCAAUGGCAACAUUAAGGCGGCACCUUCGAAAUGCUAAAGAGGAAUAUUAUAGAUAUAAAAGCGAGUAUCUGACGUAUGUUACAGAGGCCCUUGUUCUUGAAGACACAAUGAAGAACUAUGAACGGCGUGAUUCAACUGGAUGGAAAUAUAUUUCGAGCUUCAGAACCAGUCGAAACGGAAAAUGGAGGAAUCUUCUUGAUACAUUGGAAUUUAUAUGGAGGUGUCUGCUGAAGAAACAGAUACAAAUGAUGUUAGCAAUAGUUACGGGGAUUAUGUCAGCUGCAAUUCUUUUAGCUGAGGCAACUCUCCUUCUUAGUAAACUGGACUUAUCUCUCUUCUCAAUCCUUAUUAGGUUUGUCAAAUCCGAUGAACUGCUAGUGCAGGCAUUUGCUUUUGUACCUUUAGUGUAUAUGUGUAUCUGUACAUAUUAUUCACUCUUCAAAAUCGGGAUGCUGAUGAUUUAUUCCUUGACCCCUCGACAAACAAGUUCUGUUAAUCUACUAAUGAUUUGCUCGAUGAUUGCUCGAUAUGCGCCGCCAAUAUCUUACAAUUUCAUUAAUCUCAUUCAACUUCGUUCCGAAACUAUAUUUGAGAAGAAAAUGGGUAGAAUCGAUGACGCUGUUCCGGUCUUUGGACAACGGUUCAAUGAAAUAUAUCCUCUCAUAAUGGUUAUCUACACACUACUGGUUGCAAGCAAUUUCUUUGAUCGCGUAUUUAAUUACUUCGGUAGCUGGAAAAGAUUUAAAUUUCAAACAGAGACCGACGAUAUGGACGGUUUUGAUCCUUCGGGAUUAAUGAUUUUGAAGAAAGAACGAUCAUGGCUUGAAGAAGGACAAAAGGUUGGCGAGCUUGUUCUUCCGUUAGCAAGGAACUUCAACGAUGUUGAUGACGUUGAACAAGGAAGCAACUUCUCUGAACAUUCAUCAGUUGAAAUGAAGAUGUCGUCCAGCUAUGACACAAUGAAAGGAAGUUCAUCAAAUGAUGAUAUUUCCCGUAGAUACGGAUCAGCUAGAGAAGCAAUCACUAACAAAUAUGCAGCUAUCAGAGAACAACAGAACAAAUACUCGCCAUCCCCUGUCUCAAAGUCAGAGAACAUGGCUUCAGCUAAAGUGUCUUUACUCGAAACAGACAGUUCGGGACGAAGUAAUGGCGAAGGAGGAGGAGGAUCAGGAGAGUCAUCUUCUCGUUUGGCUUCAACAUGGAGAAACAUGAAACUAGGAAUCCAGAGUUUUAAAGAGAAUGUAGCCACCAAGAAGUUUCUUCCACUAAGGCAAGGUCCAGAAUCAACAACAGCAACCAGCACAAGAGUGAUGAAUCCAUCAAGGCCGCAGUCAUUAGAUGAUAUAUUCCAGAGACUGAAAAACCGGUCAGUAGAACACGGCCACUACCUUGAUGAUGAAGUUGACUAACGAUGAAAUUUGAUUCAAGAGAUUGGUGAAAGCUGAGUGAGAGAAAGCGAAAAGAGCAAGCAUUAGAUUUGUUCACUAUAGUGUAGGGAAAAGUUACAAGUCACUGAUGAAAAGGAAAAUGCUAACAUGAAACGUUACAAAACUCAUAACCGAACAUUUGGAGUUGUAGAGUGGCCCAUUUUUUUGGGUCGUGGGUUUUAUAUGCUUACAGUUAUUAGGAACAUGUUAUAUACUGUUGGACUGUAUCUUUAUAUGCUCAAAAACUUAUGAAAUUUAAUGGAUAAACCAACUAUGAUUUCUUUA